AUGUUUCCAUUAUCGCAAAAAAGAAGAGCUGAGGAGGUGUGCUAUGAAGCAUUGAAGAUUAUUGCAUCUAGUAACGGAGAACAAGCAGAGAAAGCUCGCACCUUUCUUGAAACUUUUAACGAACAGAUUGACUCUCGAGCUGUUCAGGGAUUUUGGGAGAAUGUUCACUUGCGAAACGAGAAAUCUAAAACUCGAGAUGCACAACUUCUCUUGAACGAAAAAAAAAAACAACUUUCUAUUCAGAUCAAAUUGAAUGUUAUAGAAGAGUUCCGUGUUAUGAGUGAUCUAUGUUUAUCAAAAUUUAAGAAAAUGUUGGAUGUGAUGAAUACUUCAGAUGGCUCCAGAAGUAAAGAAAAACGGGCACUGGAUAGUGAUGAACGCUCGAAUAAUAAUAAAAAGAUUAAAAUCACUAAUACAGAUGAGAUUGAUUCGGAAUCAAAUGACCCAAAAGAGAGAGACAAGAAAUCAACUGAUACAAAGGAUAAGAUACAAUCUAACUAUGAGGAUAAAGAUGAAGAAUGUUCUUUAGAUGACGGUUCUAAUGAAGAAGAUAAAGUCGAACUUGCAGACAUAUCAUUUAAUUCUUUUAAAUUAAAAAAUAAUGAAGGUGUAAGAGGUCGGCUUAUAAAUAUGACAAAAAGAGCAAUUAAAGAAAUGAAACAAUACAAAAAAGUAGAUUCAAAAAUAAUGAGUAUUAUAGGGUUGGGGCUGUCGUCUAUCAUAGAUCUUUCAUCAGAGUUUAAACAGGGUAUGCGCUCUUGGUUUAAAGACGAUUGGAUCCCAUUAAAGAACAAAGCGCUAUCGAAAAUUAACUUAACAGUUGAAGAGUUUUCUGGUGAAAUAUUGGAGUUUAUCACAAAAGUUGAAAAUCUUAGUACUUUGCAUGAUUUUUUGGGAGCAAGACUAUUAUUAGAAAAAGUGACUGAACGACCCACCAAUAUUAAAUUUAGACAAAUUUUAAAAGUAUAUUUCUACGUCUUGGAUUUGCUCUUAGAAAAUCCAUAUUUAUUUGUAAGGAAAAAUGGCCAACCGCAAAAACACACAGAAAUACAACAUGUGAUAAAAAUGGUGGAUCCUAUAUUGGAAAUAAUAUUUUCUGAUUGUCAAAAUCUUGUGAGGCUAACGUGGGGUGAAUCCAUUUUACAAGUCACAAAUAGUUCAAAAAGAAAACCAAACCUCUGUGUAAGAACUGAGGAUGGCACAAAAGAGUUGAGCCAUUCGGAAUGUGCCUCAAAAGCUACAAUGUUAGAAAUUCUAAAUGAUCGAAGUAAAGCUCUUAGAACAAACAAGUGCAUACUUGACAAAUAUCUUAAGAACGAUCUUCCAGGUGAAGCUUUAGAAAAUACAACAAUUUUUGGAUUCCAGCUGGCAGGACUUUAUUUUGGAUUUGAUGGACCAGUAUUUGAGUUUCCUGCUCAAAUUUGUAGUAUUGAUGUCUUAAGACGGACACUAGAAGUUUUGUAUUAUUUCAAGGAACAAGUCAUCAGAAAAGCAAAAUAUUUGUCUCAGAAUUCAAGAAGAAAUGCGUUUUUUCAAACUUCUAAAUUCCGAAGAUAUGAAAACGAAUCACUGCAAAGUUAG